AAUAAGUUGGAAGGUCCAAUCCCUAAUAAUAAAGCUUUUAUCAAUGCCUCAUUGGAGGGUAAUAAAGGUCUUUGUGGAAAUGUAACCGGACAGCAGCCCUGUGAAAGGUCAUCUUUUGUGGUGAAGAAGCACUCAAUGGCGAAGAAACAUAAACUCAUCCUCAUCACUGUACUUCCUAUUAUGGGAGCCCUAGUACUGCUCUGUGCUUUCAUUGGUGUUCUAUUUAUGUGUGAUAAAAUAAGGAAAGUUAAAGACGUUGAAAGACGCGGUGAUGGUUGGGUUUCAAUAUCCACGUUAGAUGGAAAGACACUGUACAAAGAUAUCUUAAACACUACAGAGGAGUUUGAUGCAACAUUUUGCAUCGGGCAAGGAGGGCAUGGAAGCAUUUACAAGGUAAACCUUCCAUCAUUAGGGAAUAUAGCUGUGAAGAGACUUCAUUCUUCAUUUGAGAAUACACAUCCCAAAAGCUUUAUGAAUGAAGUACGGGCAUUGAUUGGGAUUAAGCACCGGAACAUCGUGAACCUCUACGGCUAUUGUUCGAAUGCACAAAACUCGUUGUUGGUUUAUGAGUAUGUGGAUAGGGGGAGUUUGUCUAGCAUUUUGAGCAAUGAAGUUGAGUCCAAGAAAUUGGAUUGGAUUAAAAGGGUGAAUAUCAUCAAAGGUGUUGCUUGUGCUUUAUCUUACAUGCACGAAGAUUGCUCACCACCGAUCGUUCAUCGUGACAUAUCAAGCAGUAAUAUUUUGCUUGAUUCCGAGUACGAAGCACGUGUUUCAGAUUUUGGCAUAGCUAAGCUUCUCAAGCCAGACUCAUCUAAUUGCACUGCGCUUGCAGGCACGUAUGGAUAUGUUGCACCUGAGCUUGCAUACACAAUGAAGGUUACAAAAUUGUGUGAUGUCUAUAGCUUUGGAGUACUAGCAUUGGAGAUAAUAAAAGGAAAGCAUCUUGGGGAAUACAUUACUUUGCUAGCAAAUUCAUCGACUAGAGAUCAUGUGCAGCUUAGCGAUUUGCUAGAUGAACGCCUUCCACAUCCUGAAAAUGAAGUAAAAGAUGUUUUGGUAUUUAUCAUCAAGCUAGCAAGCUCUUGUUUGCUUGAAACUCCAAAAUCAAGGCCAACAAUGUACUUCAUCUCUCAUAAGUUAUCAUCAAUGGAUCCACGUCGACCUACUCAUCAGAUAAACCCCCAUAUAAGGCGAGCUAUAUAAUCCAUGAUGGCUGAUACGUAAGGUGUCUUUGUAUGGAAAUGAAUAACCUUCAUCACCCAGUGGUUGUGACGUACGUAGUUUAAUGUGAAAGUCCCUCAAAAAGUUAUUACCGGGACUAGUAUUGUUUUAUCCUUAAAUUACUAAUCUAGUUUACUGUACUAGAGUUAAUACAUUGUAAAUUUGUAAUGUAGAAGGUAAUUAUUUAAUCUCCUCGUGCCAAAAAGUAAUAAAACAAGCUUAGAUCAAA